AUGGCAUGUUCAAAAAUAUUUUCUGGUGAAUUACCCGAAUUAUUGAAUAAAAUUAUACAAUAUUUUCGGAAUGAUUAUUCAACAUUACAUUCGUGUAUUUUAGUCAAUAGAUUAUGGUGUCGUUUAACAAUUCCAAUAUUAUGGGAAAAUCCAUUUUAUCCAUUUUUACCACAAAAUCUUAAAAAUUAUCAUUAUAUUGAAGUUUAUUUAUAUAAUCUAAAUGAUAAUGAUAAAAGACGAUUAAAUGAGUACGGAAUUAAUCUUCCUUUAAAUUCAUUAUUUAAUUAUCCCAGUUUUAUUCGACACUUAGAUAUACGUUCAAUUUGUGAAUGUAUUAAAAACUGGGUUUUUGCUGAAUCAUCAUAUAUUUUUACAAACUUUGAUGAUAUAUUAAAUUUCAUUAAUAAAUCAUUAAUUAAAUUAUUCAAUGAAAAAGAAGCAAAAUUACAUACUCUUAAUGUUACAUAUAAACAUUAUUUUUUUGAUAUUAUUAUUUAUGAAUUAGUUUUACAAAAUUCAAAUUUAAUUUGUAAUAUCAAAAAUCUUUAUUUUGAACCUACCAAAUAUGUAAGUGAUAAUAUAAACCCUCUAUUAAAAUUUUUAAAUUCUAAUUGUGAUUCAAUUUCAUCAAUCUAUCUUCCAAAUUUUGAAAAUCAUCAUAAAGAUAGUAAUACAUUUAUUGAAUUAUCACGAUUAAUUAAUUCACAAAAAAAUCUUAAUAAAAUUUUAUUAUAUAAAGGUUUCCCUCUUUCAAUAUUAUUAAAUUCUAAUUGUUUAAACACUUUAAAUAUUAUUAUAUUUUGUGAAAUUGAUUUUAAAAAUAUAAAUAUUUUAAAUGAAGUAUUUGAACAAUUAAAUGUAAUAGAAUCUAUUCAUAUUAUUGGUUGUUAUUCUUUAGAUUCUAAUUUUACUCAACAAAUAAUUAAUUUAACUAAACCAUUUAAAUUAAAAUCUUUGAUCUUCUAUGAAAAAUCUUUGAUCUUGAAAGAUUCAAUGGAAUUAAUAUUACAAAAAUCUGGAGAUUAUUUGGAAAAUUUUGGAUUAUCAAUUGAUCCUACAUAUAAUUAUCCAGUUCCACAACUCUUUAAUUCAAACCUUCAACUAAUUAAAUUAAUCACAAGUUAUUGUACGAAAAUUAAAUUCUUUAAAUUACAAGGAUUUAAUGAUCAGGAUAUUUAUUUAACAUUUAACUUAAUUGAAACCUUUAAACAAAAUCUUAAUUGUCUUACUAUUGAUAUAAAUUAUCUUGGAUUUGGUUUUAGUAAUAGACAUAUUGAACUUAGUUCAACUGUACUUCAAAAUUUAGGUCAAAUUCUUCCUUUUAAAUUAGAAUAUUUGAAUUUGUCUCUUGUUUUGAAUACAAAUGAUUUUGUAUUAUUUUUGAAAAAUUCUCAAAAUACUUUUAUUAAGGAAUUAUUACUUAAUAAUAUAGUAAAUGGAACACGAAAAAAAGUUGGUCAAGACAAUACGUUAUAUAAUAUAAAAGAAUAUAUUAUGAAAAAGAAAAGAGUUAAAUAUUUUGCUUUUCAAAACCUUUUCACUGAUAAUUAUUCUGGUGAAAAUUUGUUUGAUAUGAAAGAUGAAGUAAAGGAAUUUAAAUUACAUGAUAUAAUAGUUCAAAAUUAUUAUAAAAUGAAACUUGAUUUUAUCGAAUUUUUAAAAGAAGAGAUUUAA